AUGGUCCUACACGUUUUUAACGAUAUUUUGUCCAUCAUACUGGUCAUUGUAAUCAUCUACGUUUCUCAUUUUUAUUAUAAAUAUUUCACUCGUGAAAAUCCUCUCCCCGGACCAAUUCCCCUUCCUCUAGUUGGUAAUGUCUCUCUGCUCUUUAGUGAUAUCGGCGAGUGGCCAACCCAGCUCCAGAAGAAAUAUGGAGACAUUUAUGAAACUUAUAUAGGCCCCCAGAGAAAUAUUUGGAUAUGUAGAGAAGAUUUGGUUAACAAAAUGUUGAAACCAUCAUCUCGCAAUAACUUUCAUUUAAGAACACUCCCAGACAAUGACGGCCUUAAAGAAAUUGGAUUGUUAGAUUCCGGAAUUGUUUAUAACUUGGAUUAUAAAACUUGGGAAUACUAUCGAAGGUUUUAUGCAAGGUCAAUAUUAAAGUCAUCAUUUCUCAUGCAAGUUACGGAUAGUAUCCAGGCAGUAUUUAGAGAGAUGGAUGAUUAUUGGGAACAGCUCGAUGAAAACACCGAAUUAGAUUUUUCCCGUUGGGCCAAAAGAUAUUUUAUGGAUGCCAUAUUUUUUAUAGCCGCUAGUAAGCGUAGAUACUCAUUGGCAAGCUAUUAUAAUAGUCUUUCAAUCAAUAAGAAGGUUCAAGUGUCCGAAAACAGCUUAAAAGAAAGUGAGGCUUUCAUAGAUGCUGUUGAUGGCUUUAUGAUGUGUCUCCUAUACUUUCUAGUACUUCCAAAAUAUAUAUUUGACUUUCCGGGAAUCAGGAUAUACACACAGAGAUUGAAAGACAAAUUGAGCUGGCUGAGGAAGAACGUUAGUGGUAUUAUCAAAGAAAGAAGAGAAGAAAUUGAAAAAACACCCGAGGGUCAGGAGUUGGUCCAUGAUAUAUUAACAAUGUUUUUAACAAUCAAUACAUCACGCGAUAUUACCGAAAAAGUUGCGGAUAGUUUACACGACAGACCUAUGACUGAUGAAGAAAUCUGUGGACUCUUUUUAGAAACGUUAUCAGGUGGAAUCGAUACAUCGUCCAAUACCAUUUGCUUCAUAAUACAUUUUCUAUCUCGUUACCCCAAAGUUAAAGAAAGACUGAUAGAAGAGGUUGACCGAGUCGUGGGGAAAGAUCUGAAUCAUAAGAUUACUUAUGAAGAAAUAGGAAGACUCGAAUAUUGUGAAGCUGUAAUCGAGGAAUGCACGCGAUUAUUUACAACAAUUCCCAUGGUAGCCAGAAGAAAUGCAAGUCCUGAUGAGAUUGGUGGUCUAGUGUUUCCUGAAGACACACAAUUCUACAUCAAUUUACAGGGAAUUCACAAACACAAAUCUUUAUGGACAAACCCAGAAGAAUUUAAUCCAGAUAGAUUUAUGGAUAAGGGUAAUAUGGAUAUUAAAGAUCAUUUUCACACUUUUGGCGGCGGACUAAGGAAAUGUCCUGGAAGAAACUUGGCGAUGUUAGAGUUAAAACUUACUUUAGCGCUACUAUAUAGAAAGUAUGAUAUCGAGCUGGUGCAUAGAGAUGCACCGAUAAAAUUUCGUACUACCGCACUCAGGACCUGCCAUGAGCUGAAGGUUCAAAUUAAGAAGAGAAAUGCUUAA